AUUUUAAAAGACCGCUGAUAUCUGACAACCGUCUAUUAAUUCUCACGACGGAUCAAACACCGGAAUGGCGACCACCUCAAAAACCGAAACAGCGGCCGUCGCUGACCCGGAGUUAAUCAGACCGGACGACAAUGAUGGGGGCCAGACCCAGCCGAAAGUUUAUCCAAUGGGGUGGAGGUUGCAUGCACUCACGGCCGGCCUUUGUAUCAGCAUGCUCCUUUCCACACUAGAAACCACCAUCGUCAGCACGUCAUUGGUCUCCAUGGCCAACGACCUUCAGGGGUUUGGGCAAGCCGGCUGGGUGGUCACGGCAUACUUCCUGACUUACACUGGUUUCCUCGUCAUUUAUGCCAAGCUCAGCGAUAUCUUCGGCACCAAACUAUUGCUCCUCUGUGCCAUAGCAUUAUUCACCGUGUUUUCGCUGGCAUGCGGUGCCUCCAGCACCAUGUUACAGCUUAUUGUCUUCCGAGCGUUCCAAGGCAUGGGUGGUUCCGGCAUUUACUCCCUUGUCACCGUCAUGACGCCCCUCAUGGUCCCACCGGCGAAGUACCCGACCUACAUCGCCAUCAUCUCCUCCGUGUUUGCCAUCUCUAGCGUACUGGGCCCGCUGCUCGGCGGAGCCAUCUCCGACCACACCACCUGGAGAUGGGUCUUCUGGCUCAACGGCCCUGGUGGGGCCCUGGCCAUUACCCUUCUUAGUAUCUCGAUCCCUUUCAGUUUCCCGUACCCCGGCCCCGCCCGCUUUCUCAGCACGCUUGUUUCGGAGAAGGCCUGGAAACGGAUAGAUUAUCUCGGAGCAUUCUCCUCCCUGGCGGCCUCCGUGCUGCUUGUCUUCGCCUUGGAGCAGGCCGGUGUGGAGUACCCAUGGGGCAGUGCGCCCAUCAUCGUGUGUUUCGUGCUUUCCGGCAUUUUCUGGAUCGUGUUCAUUGGGUGGGAGAGGGGCCUGUCCAGGAAAACGACCAGUUGCGAGCCCAUGUUUCCAUGGAGGCUUGCUUGCAAUAGGUUUGUUCUGGGCUUACUUCUAAACGCGUUCCUGACAGGGUUCCCCUUUAUGGCGGCGAUUAUCACGAUCCCUCAACGAUUCCAAGUCGUUAAUGGAACAGGUGCCGUGGAUGCUGGCAUCCGCAUGCUGCCGCUUCUACUUUCCUCUCCCAUUGCGACAAUCCUGGCGAGCUUGCUACUGUCAAAGCUGAGGCUUCCUCCGCUCUAUGUCCUUCUUGGUGGUUGUGGUCUCCAAACUCUUGGGGUCGGCUUGUUCAGCUCGCUCGAUUCUUUCAACCUUGAGGUGCCGUCGUUCCAAUACGGAUACCAAGUUAUUAUGGGUUGUGGGUUCGGUCUCAAUCUCAGCACCGUGUUGAUGAUGGUGCCGUUGGUGGUGACACAGAAAGACAUGCCUGUCACGAUGGGUGCUGCAACCCAAAUACGAGUCCUCGGUGGCACGAUCGGGCUAGCGAUUUGCUCCGCUUUGUUAAGCAAUCACGUUGCGCGUGAAACUUCAGAAUUACUCUCCCCAGGGCAGCAAGCCGCGCUUCUUGAGUCCUCCCAGAGCAUCCUGGGCCUACCGUUGGAGCUACAAAUACAGGUGAGGCAGGUCUAUGCCAUGGGAUACAGUCAACAGAUGAGGGUUAUGCUUUAUUUAUGCAUCGCCUCGCUCGUUUCCUUAGCCCUUCUUGCCGAAUGGCCUCUCAGGCGGUUGCGGAUGACGGAGGAUGGAGAAAUUGCCGCCCCAGCGAAUAAGUCAGAAUCAUAA